CCAGACGAGCAGCACGCGUCCCUCCAGCUCCUCGGCUCGUCAUAAGGCUCGAAAGCUGGUGGCCGUUCAUGCGCGGUCUGCUGCUUCUAAUGGACCACUUCAACGAUUGGGACCUGCAGGCCGUCGUGAGGGGUUGCAGCAGCUUCUCCCAGCCAGAAGAGUCGACCGCCGGUCCUCGCGACGCUGCGGCGGCCCUGGAAACGGAGACUCCGGCGCCGGCUCCCGCAGCGUCAAAUGGUGAGGCGGUGGCGGUCCGGGGACCGGCGCGGGCGUCCGCGGCGGCGGUGGCCAAGGACACGUCGCUGCUGUACGACCUGGAGUUCCUGGACUUGGAUCACAAGCCGUUCUUGCUCCCUCCCACGACGUCGUCGCGGGCGGGGGAUGACGGCCGUGAGGUGAUGAUCUCUUUCCCCGCGGCGGCGGCGGCCUCGACGUCCGGGAUGCAGCCGAGGGCGGUGCCGCCCGGCCGAAAGCCGGGCGCACGCACGCCGCGGCCUAAGAGAAGCAAGAAGAGCCAACUGAAGAAGGUGGUGCGCGAGAUGCCGGUGGCCGACGGUGGCGUGUCGUCGUCCGACCCGUGGGCGUGGCGCAAGUAUGGCCAAAAGCCCAUCAAGGGCUCGCCUUAUCCGCGGGGAUACUACAAGUGCAGCAGCAUCAAGGCGUGCAUGGCGCGGAAGCUGGUGGAGCGCAGCCCGGUCAAGCCCGGGGUGCUCAUCGUCACGUACAUGGCCGAGCACUGUCACCCCGUGCCGACGCAGCUCAACGCUUUCGCUGGCACCACGCGCCACAACAAGUUCGACGCCGACAGCAACGAAGCGGCGGCGAUGGCCGUGGAGUGCGGCGCCGAGUAGGCUGCUGCCGCGGCCGACAACGAGAGCGAGUUCUGGCCGGCCGGGAUGGGGCUGGACGAGCUCUUGGACUUGGCGCCCGUGGACGACGACUUCGAUUUUGACCAUGUCAUGGACGUGCUGGGACGGCGGAUCUCGCUCUAGCACUUGCAGGAGGCGGGCGCUGUAACUUCACAACCAUCAAUUGCAAGAGAGAUCUUGACACCAAGAGAAGCGAUGUAUGGGCGCGUCUUUUUUGUGUGUGCUUUUA